GGGAGAGCGGAUAUAGUGAAUGCGGGGUCCGGGGAGAGCGGAUAUAGUGAAUGGGGGGGUCCGGGGAGAGCGGAUAUAGUGAAUGCGGGGUCCGGGGAGAGCGGAUAUAGUGAAUGCAGGGUCCCGGGGAGAGCGGAUAUAGUGAAUGCAGGGUCCGGAGAGAGCGGAUAUAGUGAAUGCGGGGUCCGGGGAGACCAGAUUUAGUGAAUGCAGGGUCCGGGGAGAGCGGAUAUAGUGAAUGCAGGGUCCGGGGAGAGCGGAUAUAGUGAAUGCACGGUCCGGGGAGAGCGGAUACAGUGAAUGCGGGGUCCAGGGAGAGCGGAUAUAGUGAAUGCAGGGUUCGGGGAGAGCGGAUAUAGUGAAUGCAGGAGUCCGGGGAGACCACAUAUAGUGAACGCGGGGUCCGGGGAGAGCGGAUAUAGUGAAUGCGGGGUCCGGGGAGACCACAUAUAGUGAACGCAGGGUCCUAGAUUUAGUAACACUUUAAGCCU